CGGCGCUGGGUGCCGCGGCGCCCGCCAAACGAUCCAUCGAUUCGGUCUGCACCGAGGAAUACGUCAAGGCGGCGCUGCCGCUGGACGCGAUGACGGGCUUGACGCUCAACAGCUCGUCGGUGGUGGUCAGCAUCACCAAGAACUACACGGCGGCGAGCUCGGACUUCUAUCCCAGCGCGACGUUCGACUACUGCGGCGUGGAGUUUGCGUACUCGCACAACGGGCUCGAGGACGACGAGGUGCUGCUGAUGUUCUGGCUGCCUGCACCGUCGGCCUUCCGCAACCGGUACCUGUCGACCGGCGGGGGGUCCAUGUCCAUCAACUCGGGCAACGGCACGUUGCCCGCGGGGGUGAUGAACGGAGCCGUGGCCGCCGCGACGGACGGCGGAUUCGGCAGCUUCGGGGCCAACGAAGACGACGUGUUCCUGCUGGCCAACGGGACGAUCAACUACGAGGCGCUGUACAUGUUCGGGUACAAGGCGCACCACGAGAUGAGCGUGAUCGGCAAGGCGUUUACGCGCAACUUCUUCCAGAUGAGCGCCUCCGCCAAGCUGUACGCGUACUAUCUGGCGUGCUCCGAGGGCGGGCGCGAGGGAUGGAGCCAGAUCCAGCGGUACGACGACUGGGACGGGGCGGUGGUGGGCGCGCCGGCGUUCCGGUAUGGGUUCCAGCAGGUGCAGCAUCUGUGGAGCGACAUGGUCGAGAAGGAGAUGGACUACUACCCGCCGCCGUGCGAGCUGCAGAAGAUCAUGAACAUGACGCUGGCGGCGUGCGACGGGCUCGACGGGCGCGUCGACGGGGUGGUCUCUCGGACGGACCUGUGCGGCCUGGAAUACAACCUCACCUCCACGAUCGGCGAGCCGUACUACUGCGCCUCGGCGAGCAGCUCGAGCUUCACGCGGCGCCAGGUCGGGGGCACGACGUACCCGGCGCAGAACGGCACGGUGACGGCGCAGGGGGUGGCCGUCGCCCAGCAGAUCAUCGACGGCCUCAAGGACUCGCAGGGCCGCCAGGUCUAUCUCUCCUACCAGAUCGGCGCCUCGUUCGAGGACGCCGAGACGGCCUACGACGACACCACCGACACCUGGGAGGUCAGCGCCGACCAGAUCGGCACCGAGUUCGUCUCGCGCUUCCUCUUCCUCGAGGACACCUCCGACCUGGCCGACUUUGCCAACGUCACCAACGACAUCGUCAAGGACUGGAUGUAUGAGGGCUGGACCCGCUACCUCGACUCCCUGCACACCACCUGGCCCGACCUGACCCCCUUCCACGCCAACGGCGGCAAGAUCAUCCAUUACCAUGGUGAAGCCGACAACAGCGUGCCCACCGCCUCCUCCGUGCACUACUACGAGUCCGUCCGCAGCGUCAUGUACCAGUAUCUGUCGUACAACGAGAGCAUCGAGGCCCUCAACGACUGGUACCGUCUCUUCAUCGUCCCGGGCGCCGCCCACUGCUCCACCAACGACCUCAUGCCCAACGGGCCCUUCCCGCGCACAAACCUCGCCACCCUCAUCGACUGGGUCGAGAACGGCGUCGAGCCCGUCACCCUCAAUGCAACCGUCAUGUCCGGCGACUACGAGGGCGAGCAGUGGCAGCUUUGCGCCUGGCCCCUGCGGCCCAUCUGGAGCCAAAACGGCACCGUCAUGGACUGCGAGUACGACCAGGCGUCCAUCAAUACCUGGCUGUGGGACUUUGAUGCCUUCCCCAUCACUGUCUGGUGAUUGUGCUUCUUCUCUCAUUGUACAUAACACUCUCUGUCGGAAUUUAUUAUCCUCCGAG